AUGGACAUUCUUGAAUCGUUGUUUCAAACGAAAAACGCCAACUUCAUUGCGAACAGAGCAGACGUGAAAGAUGAAGAAAUCGUUGAUGAGACCGACGCUUUCAAGGCGGAAUCCGGUAGUGACGAGGCGGCAGAUGUCGAGGAACAGAAUGGCGGCGGACCGCCACCGAGGAGAAUUAAGCGGGAACCAAAGCAGAUCCUGACGAAUCGAAGGAGUCGACCAGAGCGAGGCAAGUUCACAAUUCUUGACGGCAUCGCAGUUGCCGAGCCAGAUGAAAUUCUCGAUAUCGACUUUGACGCUGACCUCCUUCAGAGGAUAUUCCGAGAUUCCCGAGUAGGGUGCGGCAUUCAGUUUCUCGCUCGAUACGGAAUUAUUCCGAAUACGAGGGAAUGCAAGAUCGACAGUUGUCCGAAAGAGCAAUUAAUGAGUUUAAUAAAGCAUGCGAACGGAUUCGUGUGGCGUUGUCGAUCAUGCAGGAAACGACGAGAGCGUCGUGUUAUCACUAAGAUUUCCGUUUAUGAGGGUACAUUUCUGUUCUUUUCUCGAAUGCCGAUGAACAAGUUCUUUAUAUUCAUGCUUGUAUGGUGCGAAAAUGCUGGUUAUACGGCCUCCGAAUACAACCGUCUUUUGGGAGAAUUUCGACUUGUCGAGGAAACCAUUCAUAACACCAUCGGAUUUAUUCGAGACCACAUACAGAGCUGGUGCCUACUGCAAUCGUCUCCAUACCCUAUUGGUGGAAAAGGUAUGAUUGUAGAACUUCUCGAGACACUGCAUACAGAAGAUGUUUCUGCUAAACAUCGAAGCCGGCGUGAACGCCGUUUCUCAAUGCGUCUCGUUUUGAUAUGCUGGAACACAAACGAAAUUGUGACUGUCGAAUUACCCGAUAGACAGUUUCUGCCGGGAACGUUGAUCAGCGCUGUGGAGAACAACGUCAAACAGGGAUCUGUAAUCGUUAUGCGUGACUUACUUAUGAAACGAUUUGGAGAAAAGGAGGAGCUAGACGCAAUGCUUGAAAAUCAUAUACUAAAGACUAUAGCUGAUGUAUGGUGUGAAAUGGAUGAAGAAGAACGAGACAAGCAAUUCAUGAAAACACUCAUGGAGUCGGUGCAACCAUUGCCAACCGAACCAUUUGCGUAUGAAUACUAUUUCCGCAGGACAUUUGUUGAGAAACCGUUCAACAAUCUGCUUAAAGCAAUUCGUGAACUCUACAGUGCUCACAACGUCACACAGUCAGAUUAUACUGGACUGUGA